AUGUCAGUCCCUUCCAAAUUGGCGAAAUUAUUGGAAACUAAUUAUAAACAAUAUUCCCACGUUGUUUCUGAUAUCUCAGCUAGUCUACAGACGAAAAAAUUGACUUUCGUCAGCGGUAAUGAAUCUGCAGAUUUGGAUAGCUGCGCUACUUCUAUAAUUUACGCCUACUUCUUGCAACAUAAACUCCGUGAAAGGUGUGUUGUGCCUUUCUUUAAUAUCCCAAAGAAUGAGCUUCGUCUUCGCCCAGAGUUGGUAUAUCUUCUCGACAUGCUAAAAAUACGCACUGAUAAUAUACUAUUUCUAAAUGAGAUUGCGGCAGUGCCUGAAAGAUUUAGCUCGUCUCCUAUUCAUUUGAUCGAUCACAAUACACUGGACCGUAAAGAAGUCUGUAAAUUUGAAGAAAGUGUCGAAGGUAUAAUCGAUCACCACAAAGACGAAGGCAAUCAUUUAAACGCAAACCCAAGAAUUAUAAAGGAAUGUGGCAGUUGUUCAACUCUGGUGAUUCAGUACUAUAUGGAUAUCCUAAGCUCUCUUCAUAAAACAGAAGAGACUCGAAUGGAAGCUGAAGAUAUUGCGGUUUUGGCACUCGGUCCUGUACUUGUUGACACUGGAAACUUAAAAAAUGAAAAGACUACGGACACUGAUGUUGAGGUAGCAAACCAGUUAUUUCAGUUCGUUCCGUCUGGAUGGAAUCGUGAUGAGUUUUUCAGCAGUUUAAAGGAAAAAAAGGGAACUUAUAAGGGGUUCUCAUUUAUGGACCUUUUACAUCGAGAUCUGAAACAGUACGCUCCUGGAAAUGUGUCUAUAUCCUAUCCCAGUAUUGGAAAAGGAAUUGAUUGGAUUGAAGAAAAGCGUAGUAAUUGGCAACAAGAGUUAAAGGAAUUUGCUGAAACUAAACAAGCAGAUCUCGUUAUUGUUGGUCUUUCCCUAAGCAAAAAAGAAGAGUUUCGUCGUCAAAUGAUAUUGUACAAAAGAACUAAGCAAGGAGAAUCAUUUGCUGAUCAAUUUUUGGAGAAAAAUGAAAACAGUCUAGGUUUAGAGUUUCUUAAAAAUGUUGAAGGUCAUACUAUAAGUGUAUUUAACCAAAGGAACUCUGCUGCUAGCCGUAAAAAGGUAGUACCGAUGAUCAUGGAUAGUAUUUGA